GUGCUAAAGUCAACAGUCGCUUGGUUUGAGCUCAAAUAAAUGCGGGGAUGCCUCGGCUCGGAGCAGUCUUCCUCCUCCCUCCGCGCGCUGGACGCUCCGCGGCCCGCCCGCCCGCCUGCCUGCCCGCCGGCCGCCGCAGAAAAGAAAAAACAAAAGAAAACAACCACAAAGAACUCCCAGUGUGUUUUCUACUCUUCUUUUACUUUUUCUUGGAGGAAAGCGAAGGGAGAGAAAUGGACUUCACCAGUGUUCUUUGGCUUCAGCAAUUCACAGGAAAUGGCAUCAAGAUAGUUCAACUAAGACAUGAGCACUAAAAAUAUUAUAAAAAUACCUUUCUGAAAAACUCAGUUUCUCUUGUUUAGUAAAUAUUUAUUUUAUCAACACGGGCUGCGUUCCACUGUGUCAGGAUUCUGCAUGUGCAUGGAGCACUGUUCCAGCCUGAGAAGAUGGUUCUGAGGCCACUUAGCAAGACAUUUUCCAGCAUGAGCAGGUUUCUCUGUGGAAAUAGUGACACCCUGUUCUGGUGUGUGGUCUUUCCUCGGGGAACUUAGGAGGUACAAAGCUCCUGAAAAUGUUCUUUAUGCUGGUUGAAGUUCUUAUGUCACUAUACUGAUUCCCUAUGAUGCAGAUUUGAAUCACAGAGUAAUUAAAACAUGGAUCAAGUAAGCCUGGGGUUCACCAAGGCUGAAAGCUGUAGCCAUUCAAGGCAUCAUUUCUGUCAUGAAAAUAUAGGACCUUUUCAAAACAUGCCUUCAGGAUGGUGUUCCCUUUUCAAACAAAAGUCUAAUGACUGCAUAACUCUUCUUGACCACAUCUUACAUUUUCUCUAGAUUUGCUUAUUUACAGCUACUGGAACAAAAAGAUGAGACGAAGAAAGCACGCUGAUUGUCCUAAGAGUCUUCUGUGACUAAAAGCACAUGAGCUUCUCCCCAGGCUGAGCUUUGACCCUCCCAAGCAUUUCCCCAAAGGCCAUGACACUGCAUCGGAUUGCUUCUGGACGCUUUCCUCAGAGUUUUCAACCAAUAUAAACCAAAGAAUGGAACACAGCACCAGAUUUGCUAAUCAAGAGGCAAUGGUCCCAGUCCAAAUGGUGCUGUGUGUGAAUACAGAGCCCAGGAGAAGGGAAGGAGGUACAUGAACAUCGGGAGUUGCAAAAUCUUGCUGAACCAAUAGACCAACAGCCAUUAACAUUUGUCAGUGCAAAGAUCCUAAAAUACGCAAGUGUGGAUUUGUCCUGCUGUAAGAACUGAAGCUGUGACAAUCACACUGUCAUGGACAUUUAAGUUCCUCUGAGGUUACUGAAUCUAACAGUGAAUAAACAGUGAAGAGUAGCUAAUUUUUGGAAAUCCUUUUCUAUGACAGGAAGGUAUUCACAAACUCAGAGUGAUUGUUUGGGGUGAAAGAUGGUCCCAUGCCUUGUGGGCCUCUCUUUGCUAUCUAUCCAACGUUGGAGAUGAACCCCUCCCUUACAGGAAGGUGAAUAGCAACCAAAGUGAGCCCACCCUGGGAGGGCAGAGUGGGUGUACUUUCCUCAAAGAGCCCUGAACACAACAGGGCACACAAACAGCCAGAGCACCCUCAACAAUACCCCAUCAUCUGCCCACCAGGGCACACAGAUUCACACAGAUUCAGUGACACAUUCCAAAAAAAAAAAAAAACGGAAUUAGGGAGGACCCAUAGCACGGCCAAUGUGUAGAGAGCUUUACUACUCUUAGCGCCAUUGCUAAUUAUUGGAGCAAAGAAGGGCACACAAGGAAUGGAACCCAACCUGUUUAAAGUAAUAAAUGUCAACCCUAAAGUGCAUGGAACUCUCUCUCCUUCCCUUUUGAGGGCUGUGUGCUUCACAAGCUGGGCAUUUGCUGCACGGGGUUUUCUAAUAUAAUGUGAAUUUUCAAUGUGCUUUGUCUCUGUAGAGUGGCUUUAAAAAGCCCUUGAAGUCCUCAGCUUUAAAUCCAUGCUAAUAGGGGAAGUCUUUUUUUUUCUUUUUUUUUGGAGGUGGGGAGCUUUGGUUGGGAGAAACAUUGACCCAGACUGCACUCUGGGUAAACUAGGGCAAAAGACCUGAUAUCGUCUGCAGGGUACUUAUUAACCACUGUUCAUUUGCAGGAUCAAUAUUUCCAGCAAAGGAGUCAACACUCAGGAUACACUGCUACGUCUCACUUUUUCCUUGACACAACAAUUCAUUUUAUAAAUGCAUCUGCUGGAGAAGAAAAGGCAGUACCAAGGAUUGUGUCUUUUAUCUCCAGGAUAUGCAAAGCGCAUUUAUUUUCAGCUUUUAUCUCUGGAAUUGUAUGUUGAUCCCAUACAUAUAGAUUGAUUUUGUUCAGGUAGAUAAUGAAAAGUCAAGUGGAAAAUUACACAAUGGCAUUCACGAUCCUAGUCUUAUAUCGGUAUAUAAAUUGGUUUAUUAUUUCAUUCUAUUAAAGAGGCUUUUUUGUGUUU